AACGGAGGAUCAGAGACUAAAGGGGAACUCGAGCGCAGUCGGAGCGUUUUUCCCCCGGAUUGCGCCGCACCCUCGCUUCCUGCCGGGAGAGGUGGCCCGUCUUCGGUGGGAUCCCGAGCACCGAGAGCUGGGGCCAGAGCAGCUUCCUGAAGUCCCCGCAACCAUAGAGCGCGGGCCCAGGGCGCCGCCCACGGGUGGGGGACGUUCCGGGGACGGAAGUGGCCCAGAGAGUGCCGAAGGGAGGGCGAGGCCGGAUCUCGGGAGCCACCGGGAGAACGAGCCGGCUAGCGGGCCGGCGGGCGGGGCAUAAGCCAGGCAGCGCAGGUGUAGCCAGGCUGGAGAAGAGAAGCUGCCACCAUGGUUGCACUUUCGCUGAAGAUCAGCAUUGGGAAUGUGGUGAAGACGAUGCAGUUCGAGCCGUCCACCAUGGUGUACGAUGCUUGUCGCAUGAUCCGUGAACGGAUUCCAGAGGCACCAGCUGGACCUCCCAGCGACUUUGGGCUGUUUCUGUCCGAUGAUGACCCCAAAAAGGGCAUAUGGCUGGAGGCCGGGAAAGCUUUGGAUUACUACAUGCUCCGCAAUGGGGACACCAUGGAGUACAGGAAGAAGCAGAGGCCCCUGAAGAUCCGCAUGCUGGACGGGACUGUGAAGACUAUCAUGGUGGAUGACUCUAAGACCGUCACUGAUAUGCUCAUGACUAUCUGUGCCCGUAUCGGCAUCACCAACCAUGAUGAAUAUUCUCUGGUUCGAGAGCUCAUGGAAGAGAAAAAGGAGGAAGUGACAGGCACCUUACGAAAGGACAAGACCCUGCUCCGAGAUGAGAAGAAGAUGGAGAAACUAAAGCAGAAACUGCACACAGAUGAUGAGUUGAACUGGCUGGACCAUGGCCGCACACUGAGGGAGCAAGGAGUGGAGGAGAACGAGACGCUUCUGCUGCGGAGGAAGUUCUUCUACUCAGACCAGAAUGUGGACUCCCGCGACCCUGUACAGCUGAACCUUCUCUAUGUGCAGGCACGAGAUGAUAUCCUGAAUGGCUCCCACCCUGUCUCCUUUGACAAGGCCUGUGAGUUUGCUGGCUUCCAAUGCCAGAUCCAGUUUGGGCCCCACAAUGAGCAGAAGCACAAGGCGGGCUUCCUUGACCUGAAGGACUUCCUGCCCAAGGAGUAUGUGAAGCAGAAGGGAGAACGUAAGAUCUUUCAGGCACACAAGAAUUGUGGACAGAUGAGUGAGAUUGAGGCCAAGGUACGCUACGUAAAGCUAGCCCGUUCUCUCAAGACCUACGGUGUCUCCUUCUUCCUGGUUAAGGAAAAGAUGAAAGGAAAGAACAAGCUGGUGCCCAGGCUUCUGGGCAUCACUAAGGAGUGUGUGAUGCGAGUGGAUGAGAAGACCAAGGAGGUGAUCCAGGAAUGGAAUCUCACCAACAUCAAGCGCUGGGCUGCCUCUCCCAAGAGCUUCACCCUGGAUUUCGGGGACUACCAAGAUGGCUACUACUCAGUACAGACAACUGAGGGGGAGCAGAUCGCACAGCUCAUCGCCGGCUACAUAGAUAUCAUCCUUAAGAAGAAAAAAAGCAAAGACCACUUUGGGAUGGAGGGAGAUGAGGAGUCUACUAUGCUAGAGGACUCCGUGUCCCCCAAAAAGUCGACAGUCCUUCAGCAGCAGUAUAACCGGGUGGGGAAAGUGGAGCAUGGCUCUGUGGCCCUGCCUGCCAUCAUGCGCUCUGGAGCCUCUGGUCCUGAGAACUUCCAGGUGGGCAGCAUGCCACCUGCCCAGCAGCAGAUUACCAGUGGCCAGAUGCACCGAGGACACAUGCCUCCUUUGACCUCGGCCCAGCAGGCACUCACGGGCACCAUCAACUCCAGCAUGCAGGCUGUGCAGGCCGCUCAGGCCACUCUGGAUGACUUUGACACUCUGCCCCCUCUGGGUCAGGAUGCUGCCUCUAAGGCCUGGCGGAAGAACAAGAUGGAUGAAUCAAAGCAUGAGAUCCACUCCCAGGUAGAUGCCAUCACAGCCGGUACUGCCUCCGUGGUGAACCUGACAGCAGGGGACCCUGCUGAGACAGACUAUACUGCAGUGGGCUGCGCAGUCACCACCAUCUCCUCCAACCUGACGGAGAUGUCCCGUGGCGUGAAGCUGCUGGCCGCCCUGCUGGAGGAUGAAGGCGGCAGUGGCCGUCCCCUGCUGCAGGCAGCCAAGGGCCUCGCAGGCGCAGUGUCAGAACUGCUGCGCAGCGCCCAGCCGGCCAGCGCUGAGCCCCGUCAGAACCUGCUGCAAGCAGCUGGGAACGUGGGCCAGGCCAGUGGGGAGCUGUUGCAGCAAAUUGGGGAAAGUGAUACUGACCCCCACUUCCAGGAGGUGCUGAUGCAACUAGCCAAGGCCGUGGCAAGUGCUGCCGCUGCCCUGGUCCUCAAGGCCAAGAGUGUGGCCCAGCGGACAGAGGACUCGGGUCUUCAGACCCAGGUUAUUGCUGCGGCGACUCAGUGUGCCCUGUCCACCUCCCAGCUGGUGGCCUGUACCAAGGUGGUGGCACCUACAAUCAGCUCACCUGUCUGCCAAGAGCAGCUGGUGGAGGCCGGACGACUAGUAGCCAAAGCUGUGGAGGGCUGUGUGUCCGCUUCCCAGGCAGCAACAGAGGAUGGGCAGCUAUUGAGGGGGGUUGGGGCGGCAGCCACAGCCGUCACGCAGGCCCUGAAUGACCUGCUGCAGCAUGUGAGGGCCCAUGCGACUGGGGCUGGGCCUGCUGGCCGUUACGACCAGGCCACUGACACCAUCCUGACUGUCACCGAGAACAUCUUCAGCUCCAUGGGUGAUGCUGGUGAGAUGGUUCGACAGGCCCGCAUCCUGGCCCAAGCUACCUCCGACCUGGUCAAUGCCAUCAAGGCUGAUGCCGAAGGGGAGAGUGACCUGGAGAACUCCCGCAAGCUAUUAAGCGCUGCCAAGAUCCUGGCUGAUGCCACAGCCAAGAUGGUGGAGGCUGCCAAGGGAGCAGCUGCCAACCCUGACAGUGAGGAGCAGCAGCAGCGGCUGCGGGAGGCAGCUGAGGGCCUACGCAUGGCGACUAAUGCAGCUGCACAGAAUGCCAUCAAGAAAAAGCUGGUGCAGCGCCUCGAGCACGCAGCCAAACAGGCUGCCGCCUCAGCUACGCAGACCAUUGCUGCAGCCCAACAUGCAGCCUCCACCCCCAAGGUCUCUGCUGGCCCCCAGCCCCUGCUGGUGCAGAGCUGCAAGGCUGUGGCAGAGCAGAUUCCACUGCUGGUGCAAGGCGUCCGAGGGAGCCAAGCCCAGCCUGACAGUCCCAGCGCCCAGCUAGCUCUCAUUGCUGCCAGCCAGAGCUUCCUUCAGCCAGGUGGGAAGAUGGUGGCAGCUGCGAAGGCCUCAGUGCCCACAAUUCAGGACCAGGCUUCAGCCAUGCAGCUGAGUCAGUGCGCUAAAAACCUUGGCACCGCACUGGCUGAGCUCCGCACCGCUGCCCAGAAGGCUCAGGAAGCAUGUGGGCCUUUGGAGAUGGAUUCUGCACUGAGUUUGGUACAGAAUCUAGAGAGAGACCUACAGGAGGUGAAGGCAGCUGCUCGAGACGGCAAGCUUAAACCCCUACCUGGGGAGACGAUGGAGAAGUGUGCCCAGGACCUGGGCAACAGCACCAAAGCAGUGAGCUCUGCCAUCGCCCAGCUGCUGGGGGAGGUUGCCCAGGGCAAUGAGAAUUAUGCAGGUAUUGCAGCACGGGAUGUGGCAGGUGGACUGCGGUCCCUGGCCCAGGCCGCUAGGGGCGUAGCUGCCCUGACAUCGGAUCCUGCAGUGCAGGCCAUCGUGCUUGACACGGCCAGUGAUGUCCUGGACAAGGCCAGCAGCCUCAUUGAAGAGGCAAAAAAGGCAACUGGCCAUCCAGGGGACCCUGAGAACCAGCAGCGGCUUGCCCAGGUGGCUAAAGCAGUGACCCAGGCACUGAACCGCUGUGUCAGCUGCCUUCCUGGCCAGCGCGAUGUGGAUAACGCCCUGAGAGCAGUGGGAGAUGCCAGCAAGCGACUCCUCAGUGACUCGCUUCCUCCCAGCACCGGGACAUUUCAAGAAGCUCAGAGCCGGCUGAAUGAAGCAGCUGCUGGGCUGAAUCAGGCAGCCACAGAACUGGUGCAGGCCUCUCGGGGGACCCCUCAGGACCUGGCUCGAGCUUCAGGUCGAUUUGGACAGGACUUCAGCACCUUCCUGGAAGCUGGCGUGGAGAUGGCAGGGCAGGCUCCGAGCCAGGAGGACCGGGCCCAGGUUGUGUCCAAUUUGAAGGGCAUCUCCAUGUCUUCAAGCAAACUUCUUCUGGCUGCCAAGGCCCUGUCCACAGACCCGGCUUCCCCCAACCUCAAGAGUCAGCUGGCUGCAGCUGCCCGGGCAGUGACCGACAGCAUCAACCAGCUCAUCACCAUGUGCACCCAGCAGGCGCCAGGCCAGAAAGAGUGUGACAAUGCCCUGCGAGAACUGGAGACGGUCCGGGAACUCCUAGAGAACCCAGUCCAGCCCAUCAGUGACAUGUCCUACUUUGGCUGCCUGGACAGUGUAAUGGAGAACUCAAAGGUACUGGGUGAGGCCAUGACUGGCAUCUCCCAAAAUGCCAAGAAUGGGAACCUGCCGGAGUUCGGAGAGGCCAUUGCCACAGCUUCCAAGGCCCUCUGUGGGUUCACCGAGGCAGCUGCACAGGCUGCUUAUCUGGUUGGUGUUUCUGACCCCAACAGCCAAGCUGGACAGCAAGGGCUGGUGGAGCCCACACAGUUUGCCCGUGCAAACCAGGCAAUUCAGAUGGCCUGUCAGAGUUUGGGCGAGCCUGGCUGUACCCAAGCCCAGGUGCUCUCUGCAGCUACCAUUGUGGCCAAACACACCUCGGCACUGUGUAACAGCUGCCGCCUGGCUUCUGCUCGUACCGCCAAUCCUACCGCCAAGCGCCAGUUUGUCCAAUCAGCCAAGGAGGUGGCCAACAGCACAGCCAAUCUUGUCAAGACCAUCAAGGCGCUAGACGGGGCCUUCACGGACGAGAACCGUGCCCAGUGCCAAGCAGCAACAGCCCCUCUGCUGGAGGCUGUGGACAAUCUGAGUGCCUUUGCAUCCAACCCUGAGUUUGCCAGCAUUCCUGCCCAGAUCAGCCCUGAGGGCCGAGCUGCCAUGGAGCCCAUUGUGAUCUCUGCCAAGACAAUGCUGGAGAGCGCUGGGGGACUGAUCCAGACGGCUCGGGCCCUGGCAGUCAAUCCCCGGGACCCUCCCCGCUGGUCAGUGCUGGCUGGCCACUCCCGCACUGUCUCGGACUCCAUCAAGAAGCUUAUUACAAGCAUGAGGGACAAGGCUCCAGGGCAGCUGGAGUGUGAGGCGGCCAUCGCAGCUCUGAACAGCUGUCUGCGGGACCUCGACCAGGCUUCCCUUGCUGCGGUCAGCCAGCAGCUUGCUCCCCGCGAGGGGAUCUCUCAGGAGGCCUUGCACACUCAGAUGCUCACUGCAGUGCAGGAAAUCUCCCACCUUAUUGAGCCACUGGCCAGUGCUGCCCGGGCUGAAGCCUCCCAGCUGGGACACAAGGUGUCUCAGAUGGUGCAGUACUUUGAGCCACUCACCCUGGCUGCAGUGGGUGCUGCCUCCAAGACCCUGAGCCACCCACAGCAGAUGGCACUCCUGGACCAGACUAAAACCUUGGCAGAGUCUGCCUUGCAGCUGCUGUACACAGCCAAGGAGGCUGGCGGCAACCCCAAGCAAGCAGCUCACACCCAGGAAGCCCUGGAGGAGGCUGUGCAGAUGAUGACAGAGGCUGUAGAGGACCUGACAACAACCCUCAAUGAGGCAGCCAGUGCUGCUGGGGUCGUCGGUGGCAUGGUGGACUCCAUCAGCCAGGCCAUCAACCAGCUAGAUGAAGGACCAAUGGGUGAACCAGAAGGUUCCUUUGUGGAUUACCAGACAACUAUGGUGCGGACAGCCAAAGCCAUUGCCGUCACCGUUCAAGAGAUGGUAACCAAGUCCAACACCAGCCCUGAGGAGCUGGGCCCUCUUGCUAACCAGCUGACCAGUGACUAUGGACGUCUGGCCUUACAGGCCAAGCCUGCAGCAGUUGCUGCUGAAAACGAAGAGAUAGGUGCCCACAUCAAGCACCGGGUCCAGGAGCUGGGGCACGGCUGUUCUGCUCUGGUCACCAAGGCAGGCGCCCUGCAGUGCAGCCCCAGUGACGCCUACACCAAAAAGGAACUCAUAGAGUGUGCCCGGAGAGUCUCAGAAAAGGUCUCCCACGUGCUGGCUGCACUCCAAGCCGGGAAUCGUGGCACCCAGGCCUGCAUCACAGCGGCCAGUGCUGUGUCCGGCAUCAUUGCCGACCUGGACACCACCAUCAUGUUUGCGACAGCCGGCACACUCAAUCGCGAGGGUGCUGAAACUUUCGCUGACCACCGGGAGGGCAUUCUGAAGACCGCGAAGGUGCUGGUGGAGGACACCAAGGUCCUGGUGCAGAAUGCCGCCGGGAGCCAGGAGAAGUUGGCACAGGCCGCCCAGUCCUCUGUGUCCACCAUCACCCGCCUCGCUGAUGUGGUCAAGCUGGGUGCAGCCAGCCUGGGAUCCGAGGACCCUGAGACCCAGGUGGUGCUGAUCAACGCCGUGAAAGAUGUGGCCAAGGCCCUGGGAGACCUCAUCAGUGCCACAAAGGCUGCAGCCGGCAAAGUCGGGGAUGACCCUGCUGUGUGGCAGCUCAAGAACUCUGCCAAGGUGAUGGUGACCAACGUGACAUCAUUGCUCAAGACUGUGAAAGCUGUGGAAGAUGAGGCGACCAAAGGCACACGGGCCCUGGAGGCAACCACAGAACACAUACGGCAGGAACUGGCGACCAACAAUCUGUGUGAGGCAGCCAAUGCAGCUGUACAAGGCCACGCAAGCCAGGAGAAGCUCAUCUCAUCAGCCAAGCAGGUAGCCGCCUCCACAGCCCAGCUCCUUGUGGCCUGCAAGGUCAAGGCUGACCAGGACUCUGAAGCAAUGAAACGGCUUCAGGUUGCCGGCAAUGCAGUGAAGCGAGCCUCGGACAACCUGGUGAAGGCGGCACAGAAGGCAGCAGCCUUUGAAGACCAGGAGAACGAGACAGUGGUGGUGAAGGAGAAGAUGGUCGGGGGCAUUGCCCAGAUCAUUGCUGCCCAGGAAGAGAUGCUCCGGAAGGAACGGGAGCUGGAGGAGGCGCGGAAGAAGCUGGCCCAGAUCCGACAGCAACAGUACAAGUUCCUGCCUUCAGAGCUUCGAGAUGAGCACUAACGCAGCCGCUUCUAUUUAAUGCAGACCCAGCCCAGAGACUGUGCCUGCCACUACCAAAGCCUUCUGGGCUGUCGGGCCCAACCUGCCCAACCCCAGCACUCCCCAAAGUGCCUGCCAAACCCCGGGCCUGGCCCUGCCUGGUCCUGCUGCACAUCCCCUGUCCCCUCCCAACUCCAAGUGCCUUCAUGCCCUAAGGCCCCCUAAGUGCCUGCCCCUCCCCAGAGUAUUAACGCUCUAAGAGUAUUAUUAACGCUGCUGUACCUCAUUCUGAACCUGCCAAGGCCCCAGCCCGUUCCACUCUGCCAGCAGCUUCUGGCAAGUCCCAUAGCCUCAGCUCUACCUACUCAUCCUUUUUGAUACUAUCCUCCUUCUUGCACCCCCAGCUACCCGUGGGUGCUGUGGGGUCAGAAGCCUCAAACAGGUCAUGCUCCAAUAAAGGUGAUUCUGCCUGCGA